GCCCGGUGAGUGAGCGGGACUUGCCGGAGCCGAGUAGUUAAACGCACCGGCUUUCGGAGUGAGACUCCGUGCUGAGGUCCUGGUGGCGGCCACUUACCCUUUCUGUGACCCCGGGGCAAGUCACUUAGCCUCCCUGAGCCUCUUUUUCCGCAUGGUGAAGUGGGGUCAGCAGUACCUGCCUGGCUGGAUCCUUAGGAGGUUGAAGGAGAUAACAGUGGCAGAGAUUUGUCUGGUGCUCAGAACCUGCUCCUGAGAAGUGGUGGGUAAUAUGAUGAACUCUGCAGCCCUUCCUGGGGCCGUGAGGAGCCAAGUCUGGCCCAGGAGUUGGAAACCUGAGCAGAUGGGGUGGUAGAGGCCAAGUCAGCCCUGUGGCAGGGUGUUGGAGGGCAAACUCCUUCUCCUGGGGAAAGUGAAAGGAAGAUGUUUACAAUAAAAUUUCCACUGAAGUUAUCAGUGGGGCAUAGCUUGACUCACUUCUAAGCCUUACCUAAGGGACACAUUCUUGAGUUGAGUCAUGCUCUACUCCGUGCUUUAGACUCCGGCCUCUCUCCCUGCUUGUCAUUUCCAAGGCAAAGGUGUCAGAAGCUGGUGGUGUCAGUCACUUCUCCCCUUGCCUGGAACUCAUGGGAAGUUGUGUCCAGCAGGAAGCAGGCUUAAUGCUUUAAAAUUCUGCCAUGCAGGGACUUCCCUGGUGGUCUAGCAGUUACGAGACUCUGAUCUCCCAAUGCAGGGGGCAUAGAUUCGAUCCCUGGUCAAGGAACUAAGAUCCUGCAUGGUGUGGCCAAAAAAAAAGAUCCUGCCAUGGAGAAGCAGCAGAGGCAGGGAAAGAGUUGGAGCGAUGCCAGCAGCAGGCGGAUGAGGUGACAGAAAUCAUGCGCAACAACUUCGACAAGGUCCUGGAGCGUGACGGGAAGCUGGUGGAGCUGCAGCAGCGUUCAGACCAACUCCUGGACAUGAGCUCAGCCUUCAGCAAGACAACCAAGACUCUGGCCCAGAAGAAGCGCUGGGAGAAUGCCCGGUGCCGGAUCUACGUGGGGCUGGCAGUGGGCAGUGCCCUGCUCAUCCUCCUGAUUGUGUUGCUGGCCAUCCUUCUCCCACAAAGCAGCAAGGGCAGCAGCGCCCCACAGUCCCAGGAUGCAGGCCCUGCCUUGGGGCCUGGGGAAUGACCCAGCAGGGCCUGGAAAAAAGGCCAAAGAGCCACGCUGGUCAGUUAUCUUCAGAGAACCCUGGAGUUUGCGCCCCUCUGAGCCACCCCAGUGAGCGUGGAGGGCAGCCUCAAUGUGUGCACCUUGGUUACUUCCUGUCAUACCACAGACUGGCCCUUGAGGGCAACCUGCUGCACUGGCUAUGCCAAGCCAGCCCCACCUGGAACUUAGUAAAAACCACUGUUUGGGUAAAAA